GACGAAGUAGUUUCUGAUCAAGACUACAGUCAGCAUGAUGGGUUCUCGCAAAUUUGUAUAUGUGUUCAUUUCGAUGUACUUGGGUACUUAUGUCAAUGGACAGAGUAAUCAACUGAAUGAAUGGAAUGAAAUCGACACACAUCAAGGUGACGAGAAAGACAUAUGUACCGGAUACACUCCAUAUUGUACUGCAGAAAUGCAACAAGAAAUGAGUGCGACUGAACAAGCAGGGUUUGAACGUACGAUUAUUGAGAAGAUUUCAUCGGUUCAAGGCACGUUACGAAGAGGAUACGAAGAAUUUGAUGAUUUCAUCGAUGAACUACUGGAAACAGCGUCGGCAGAUUUAAGUUCGAUGUUUACUAAAGUAUAUGGUUAUAUGUAUAAAGAAAAGCUUGCAUCCAUUUACGGCGAUUUGUUUGAUGGUUGGAUGGAAUACAAUCAAGGAAAUUAUGUCGAUCUAGGUUUACAAGCUCACGAUAUGUUCUAUUCUCAGUUUGGUGCUCUUAUUGAAUUGCUUUUCCCACAGUACGAUAUAGACGACGAUUUUCUGCAGUGCUCGUGGGCUUUCAUACCUGAGUCAUACAGGAAAAGUCAGAGUGAAUUACAGAAAGACAUAAAACAAUCAUUUGGUGCAACUAAGGCAUAUCAGAAGGGCUUAGCUGUCGCUGUUAAUGUAUUGGACGUUCAACAGUUGAGGACAUCUACCGAAUGCCGGAAUGAACUAAUGAAAAUGUCUACAUGUGACGAAUGCAAAGGGCUGAUGCCUGUCGAGCCCUGUCAUGGUUAUUGUUUGAAUGUUAUUGGCGACUGUCUGGCAGACUUUGUUGCCCUUGAUAAUGAGUGGAAUGUGUUCAUAGAGAAAAUGGUGGCACUAUCAGACAGAAUGUCAACUCAAUACAACCUGCAAUCGUUGGUGCAGACUGUUGCUAUACGUAUAUCUGAUUCAAUUAUGAAUUUACAAGAAGAAUUAACCCGUAUAUUUUGGGAAUCUUCCACUCAUAGUUGUGGCACACCAGAAUUUAGAGAAAAACGAGAUGUCGCUGUCAAUUUUAAAACAACCAUCCAAAAUGGUAUACCUCGUAGUACAAGAUCCAACGGGAAAUCGAAGAAUUUAGACAUGAUACUGAGUAGGGUUGAUCGCCAUUUGGAGAAAACCGCCCAUUUAUGGGAAUUGUUACCAUUGGAGAUGUGUGAAGAAAUCNCCCCUGGGACCGUCAAUGAAGUGACAGGGGACUGCUGGGAUGGUGAAAAUGUUGUUGGUCACUGGGAUGGAACCGUUGGUCAUGUGACCGGUGAAACAUCGAACGUAAUUAUCAAGAACCUACAAGAAAAGCUAAAGGAAACAACAAACAUUAUAAGUGAUGCGCUACGGGGAGUUGACUUCACGUUACCAGAUUCCGAUGACGAGGAUGAAGGGAAUUGGUAUGCGGAGAGCGGUAGUGGUAGUGGUAGUGGUAUGGGUGACUGGUACUAAGCAUCAGUUCAUCAGCCAAUGUGGGCUAUACGUGACAGUAUAUCAAUUAGCUAUAGAUAAAAUCGACUACAUAUUGCUCAAGAUUUCAUUUCAUUUGCGGUAAUCAAAUCCGUGGUAAAUGACUGCCGGGCGUCGGAGUUCAGAAACAGUUUUCUUCAUACUUAAAGGGCGGUGGUCGUCGCGCCGCGUCCUGUUCGAUAUGGGACUCACAGCGACGUACACAACGCGUAUUUGCUCACAUGGAAUUCUACACGCGCUGCGAGACGACCUCCAUCCUUUAACAUAGUGGAUAUGCUAUUUAUAAAUUAGUAUAUUUACGAAUUUUCAAUUGCAAAUAAAUUGUUUCAUUUUGCACCGUGA